CUCACACGUGUCAGUACCGAGUUGCAAUCUCCAAUGUGAAUGGUUUCGCAUUGGCCGUCUCCCAUUAGCUGACUGGAUUUGAGAGUUUAAAAAUGGUUUUCUAUUUCGUCAGUACUGCAGUGCAACCGAGUUGUACCUUGUUCAUGGGAGAGGAAAAACAUGAAAAUGAGGAGUUGAUUAAGUGGGGAUGGCCUGAAGAUGUUUGGUUCCACGUUGAUAAACUAUCAUCUGCCCAUGUUUAUAUAAGGCUCAACAAGGGUCAGGUCAUUGAUGAUAUCCCAGCAGCAAUUUUGGAAGAUGCAGCACAGUUAGUCAAAGCUAACAGUAUUCAAGGAAAUAAAAUGAACAACAUUGAAGUUGUUUAUACCCUAUGGUCAAACUUGAAGAAGACUCCAGGAAUGGAAGUCGGACAAGUUGGAUUUCAUAGGGAAAAAGAGGUCCGUAAAAUUAGAGUGGAAAAAAGAAUCAAUGAAAUAGUUAAUCGCCUCAACAAAACCAAAGUAGAAAGGAAACCAGAUUUACGAUUUGAAAGGGAACAAAGAGACUGUGCAGAGAGAGAAGACAAAAAAAGGGUUUUGAAAGAACAAAAAGAAAGAGAAAGGGAUGAAGAAAAAAGGAAAAAAGAAGAAGCUGAACUGAGGAGUUAUGACCGCUUGUUGAAGCCAACAAACAUGAAGACCAAUAAAGACGACGAUGGAAAUGAUUCUGAUGACUUUAUGUAACAAAAACGUCUAUGCCGUAUGGUGGAAUUUUUCGCGUACCCGAUCAAUUACAGCUGCUUUUCUUACACACAAUCCCUGAUGCAAGAUAUGCAUCGCGUAAGGCUUGACUUUCCUAUUAUUGAUAAAAAAAAAUUGGAAAUAAAUGGCAUUUUUGUCUUGAAA